AACGUUUACUAGACCAAAUUUCAAAGAUGAUGAUAGGGAAACUCUAUAAAAUUGAUAUGAACAAUCUUAAAAAUGAACUUUUAAUGUGGCAACAUGAUGUAGUAAAUGUAAUUUCGUUAUCGACAAAAUUACCAAACUCUUUCGAUAGUCCAGCAAUGCAUAGACUUCGAAUAUAUAAUGACCUUUCAAAAUCAUUUGACUUGCUGCAACUUUUAGAAAUUCAAGAACUUGAAGAUGAACAAGAAAUUAUUUCGGAACAAUUUAUUGAUAUUGUUUUCGAAAAGUUUAAUGAAUUACCAAUUACAGAAAACAAUUUUUCAUCAAGGCGAUCUUUUAUUCAUAGAUGCAUAGGCAUAUUACCACUUGAGUCACCUAUUCGUCUUCAUCUUUACAAAAAGAUAUUUUCCCAGGAACCUUUGCCUUUGACAUUCCCGACAAUUCAUCGUAUUUUCUUAAUGGAACAACAUGAGCAAGACAAUUUAUUUAUUGAUCUAAUUAAUGAUCCAAAUGAAGCUUUAGAGGAUGUUUUUGAGGAGACAAAGUUUCAAUUGUAA